CUGAUGGGUCAGACCGGAAUACAGGGUUUGAAGUACGUUAUGCUUCAAUGGAUAAUACCACAAAACUGGAUCCCACCUCAAACUGCAGCAAAAAGUUUUUGAAAAAAGCAGGUGGAACAUUAUUUACUCCCAACUGGCCUUUGACGUACCAUCAAAACGCUGAGUGUACAUGGAAUUUUUCAAUUUCAUCAGGGAGGGAAAUUCGCUUGUUUUAUACAAGCUUUAAAUUGGGAGGAAAUCCUUUUUGCAAUAAAAACAGGGAAAACGACGAGGAUGAGUUACGCAUCACUGGUACAAACAUAACAAGCCAAGAGAUAUACAUUGAGAAAAGGAUCUGCUCUCAUUCAUCUCUUUCUUUUAAGUCCUAUUUCACAUUAAAACAAAUGAAGAAUGUGCAGGUCAAAUUUGCAUCAGAGGGUACCACACAAACCAAAUCCGACGAGAGUGGAGUUGUUGUUAAUUACGCAAGUUACAGAGCAGCCUCGACUUUAUUGGGAUGCCACAGCCAUGCAACAGUUGAACCUUCAACAGGUAAAUCAUCAACAGUUAAACAAUCAACACUUAAACCUUCAACAGUUAAACAAAUAAAAACACUCUGA